AUGUUUCUCCAUCGAACUCGAAGCUCCGUGGUAUUUGUACUCUUCAUCCUAGGUGCCGCUUCUUUAGCCGCCGGCCAGAACUCCUCUUGUCCUCUAGACUUCUCCGUCCUCCAACCUUUCCGGCGUCCGAGACCCGAUGGCGCCACGACCUGCCAGUAUCUCCUCCAAGGUCUACGUCUCCUCUACUCUCAGCAUCUCCGGCAGACGGGUUCUUUCCUUCCGCCACCCGAUUCGGCGGCCUCUUGCUGGGCUGCUUUACAGUCGGCGAUCGCCGGAUUUCUCCCUCGCUUCGAUGUCCGAUCGACAUGUGGUUUCGAGACGCCGUGGAUAUCCGAGGGUUGCAUGAACAUCACCGCCAGGUCUCAAUUCGAAGCCCAAAUCCCUAAUUCGACGCUGAGGACGGCGGUGAUGCGCUGCAAUCUGUCUCUGGAGAGCAAUACCCCUUGUGCCUCGUGCACUCAGAGCUUGUCCGCUUUUCAGGCCUAUCUCACCGGACCUUCCGUCGGAAAUGUCUCCGACUGCGCAGCUUUUCCGUCAAUCUACGCCGCUGCCUACGCCAACAUGUACGGCCCCACCGACAAAGGCACCGCGAAAUGCUUGUUCCAGCUCGAUUUGGCUUCUAGCAGCUCCGGGAAUGGUAAGAAAUUCAAAAUACUAGUUUCGUUAUCCGUCUUGCUCGUUGCGUCUGCGUUGAUCACCGCUUGCUUCUGGUACUACCGGAGGAAAAGGAGAUAUUUGAAAAGGCGGAGUCUAGAAGCGGACCGUAGACAGACACAGACACAGACACAGUCACGGCUAGACUCGAUGAGCGAGAGCACCACUCUGGUGAAGUUCAGCUUCGAGGAGAUCAAGAAAGCGACCGACAAUUUCUCACGGCACAACAUCAUUGGCAGGGGAGGUUACGGGAACGUGUUCAAGGGCGUCUUGGCCGACGGCUCCGAGGUCGCUUUCAAGAGGUUCAAAAACUGUUCCGCUGGAGGGGACGCCACUUUCGCUCACGAGGUUGAGGUGAUUGCGAGCAUACGCCACGUGCACCUUCUGGCCCUGAGAGGCUACUGCACAGCGACGACGCCGUACGAGGGCCACCAGAGGAUCAUAGUGUGCGAUCUGGUGAGUAACGGAAGUCUCCACGACCAUCUCUUCGGAGGCUUCAACUCUCAGCUUGCCUGGCCUCUAAGGCAGAGGAUCGCGCUCGGGAUGGCCAGGGGACUCGCUUAUCUACACUACGGCGCGCAACCCUCCAUCAUCCACAGGGACAUCAAAGCCAGCAACAUUCUCUUGGACCAGACCUUCGAGGCCAAGGUUGCCGACUUCGGGCUAGCCAAGUUCAACCCGGAAGGAAUGACGCAUAUGAGCACGCGGGUCGCUGGGACAAUGGGAUACGUGGCGCCAGAGUACGCGCUCUACGGGCAGCUGACGGAGAAGAGCGACGUGUACAGCUUCGGGGUGGUGCUCCUGGAGCUUCUGAGCAGGAGAAAGGCGAUUGUGACGGAGGAGGAGACGGGGCAGCCGGUGUCGGUGGCUGACUGGGCGUGGUCGCUGGUGAGACAAGGGCAGACAUUGGACGUGGUGGAAGACGGGAUGCCGGAGAAGGGAUCUCCAGAGGUGAUGGAGAAGUAUGUGCUCAUAGCAGUGCUCUGCUCUCACCCUCAGCUACACGCAAGACCAACAAUGGAUCAGGUGGUGAAAAUGCUCGAGAGUAACGACUUCACUGUUAUCUCUAUACCUCAACGACCCAUCCCUCUGGUGGCCUGUAGGGAUGAGAUUGACCGCUCUGUUAGUAGCAGCAGCGGGGGCUCCGGGAAGCUCACUAGCCCCACGGGAUAUCAAGCCUUCUCCUUCGGCGGUGAUGCUCAUGCUCAUGCUCAUGCUCAUGCUCAUGCUCAUGGACCCCACCACAGAUAG